AUAAAGAUAGUUUCGUCAGAAGAGUCAAGGGACUCGGCAUGGACUCUGCAGAGAAGGGAAAAGAGAGCGGGAACGCUCCAGACGGUUCCGUAGUUUAUAAGCAGCGCAAAGGCUAUUUUUUGGAAUGCUGGGUUGUGGGUUUGUUUGUGGUGAUAGCUCUCAGCAUCACAGUUGCAGUUGGAUUGCUUGUUGGCUACCUAGGGCCAUGUUCGGCGUUCGAAUCUGAGUCUGAGGCACUACCCAAUAGUUCCAGCCCGUCCGAACCACAAGUGAUAACCUAUCCGUAUGUACUGCUCCCUCGCAGCAUCAUACCGAUCCACUAUUCGGUCCAACUCCAACCAUACCUUAUCCCUAACAACUUCACAUUUGACGGAGAAGUGCAGAUCAAAAUCCACUGCUUGCAGCCUACCACGAACAUUUCUCUUCAUAUCAAUGACCUCACCAUCCAUCCAGAAUCAGUAAAGCUUUGGGACUCAAACAGUAGCACAGAGCCGAGCGUAAAAACCACAAGCCGCGAUGAACUUCUCCAGUUUUACAUAUUACAUCUGGAUAAAAGUCUGAAGAGUCAUGCAAAUUACACAGUUUCUAUGAAGUUCAGAGGAAAUCUUAAUAACAACCUCGCCGGUUUCUACCGUAGCUCUUACACCGACACCUCGGGAAAGCAACAAACUAUUCAUUAUAGAGGCGAUGAAUGGGAAGCUGACAUUUAUAACACAACGGUUAAAAUGUCUACAUAUCUUCUGGCUUUUAUUGUUAGCGACUUCAGCAUGAGAUCAACACCCAGUGGAGAGUUUCGAGUGUGGGCCCGAUCGUCUGUUUUGGAUACGGCUGACUAUGCACUGGAAAUUGGUCCGAAAAUUCUACACUUUUUUCAAGACUACUUUGGGAUUCCUUACCCUCUUCCAAAAACAGAUAUGAUCGCCCUCCCGGACUUUAACGCUGGAGCGAUGGAGAACUGGGGACUUAUUACCUACAGGGAAAGUACCAUGCUGUUUGAUCGUGACGUUUCUUCUGCAAGUAAUAAACAACGUGUCGCCACUGUUGUGUCCCACGAACUAGCCCACCAGUGGUUCGGCAAUCUGGUAACUCCAAAGUGGUGGGACGAUCUUUGGUUGAAUGAAGGAUUCGCUAGUUACGUGGAGUACCUUGGUGUCAAAUCUGUAGAAAAAGCCUGGAACAUGGAUCAACAAUUUGUACUGGAUGAAGUUCAGGAUGUAAUGGAACUUGACUCUUUAAAGACAUCUCAUCCAAUAUCAGUCCCAGUUCAUCAUCCUGAUGAAAUCAACGAGAUUUUUGACAGGAUAUCAUACGGAAAGGGUGCGUCUAUUAUUCGCAUGAUGAAUCAUUACCUUGGUGAACACAACUUUCGGAAAGGAUUAACGGUAGGUUUUCUUUUUACGCUAUGAAAUAUUUUACUGUUU